CUCUCUCUCAUUUUCCAUUCUAUGUGCCAAUCCGUUCCAGCUAAAGAGAUCGCGUCGAAAUGAAUAAACAAAUAAAUAAAAUUUCUCUUAAAAACAUUAUAAUUUCUGGAGAUGCUUGUGUUUAAAUGCCUUAUUCCUUUUGGAAAUUGAACCGUUCUAAAAUUUUGAUUAGGUGUUUGGAUUCGUGAUCGAGUUUGUUCUUUUUUUCCUUCCAAUUGACGAGGGUGAAAGAGCUCGUUUCCUCACGGUGGGUUUUAGGGAGUUGUCCAAAAUGGUCUGGAAAGGAUUCGUGGGAUUCGAAUGAUAGAAAAUUAUGUUUGACAAUUUGAUAAUUCGGGUGAGAUUUACUCUUUUAUUUUUGCUUUAUCAUCUUGUUGUUGAAUGAUUUCCUUAGGGUGUAACGAUGCGAGGAAGGGGUUAGGGUUAGGUUAUGGUGAAAGAGAAAUGGAAGAGUCUGAGCUUGAAGAAGGAGAGGCAUGCACUUACAAAGAUGAAUAUGAUGGCACAACCGGCCCCGAGAAUGAUCUAUCUUCUCUCUCUUACAUUGAUGAGAAAAUUCAACAUGUUCUUGGACAUUUUCAAAAAGAUUUUGAAGGUGGAGUAUCCGCAGAAAACCUGGGGGCAAAAUUUGGUGGAUAUGGAUCAUUCUUACCUACCUGUCCACGAUCUCCUGUCUGGUCCAAUAAGAAGAGUCUGCCAAAAGUUAAGAGCUGCAAUGCAAUUAGAUCUCCUAACGAGAUACAAGUGGAGGAUGGUCGUCAUCCUACAAAAUUUGGAACUCUCCCUGCUUUGAAAGCAUCAUCUGCGAAUGAUUUGAUUAAGCAAGAGGUUAGCAUAACAUCUACUCAUGCUCAUGAUCUUGGCUCUAGGUGCAAAUAUGCUGACAAGAAAGCUGCCAAUCUGCCAAAGAAGAAAACAUUGAAGCUACGAAUCAAAGUGGGUUCAGAUAAUUUGUUGACACAAAAAAAUGCUGCAAUUUACAGUGGUCUUGGCCUUGAUGUCUCACCAUCUUCUUCCUUAGAUGAGUGCCCUUCUGAAAGUGAAGGGAUGUAUCAGGAGACACAAGAGCCGUUAUUUGAAUCUCCAACCCAUAUUAUUCAGUUGAUAACAUCCUUCCCAGUGCCUGGGGAAACACUACUAUCACCUCUCCCUGAUCAUCUACUUAGCUUGAUUGUAAAGGAGAAAGCUUCAAAAGAGAAUAGAUCAAAAGGAAAGGGUAAUCAAAUAUUAUCGGGAGACGAAAAAGCAGAUUCAGUGGAGAAAAAGGCAUUCACGGUAGAAAGGAAGGGUGACAACAAAAGAGAAAUAAGGAAUGACAAUGGUAUAAUGUCAAAGAACGAACUAGAUACUGACACAUUGGCUUGUAAGGAGUUUGUUUCAAAACCAUUGCCGCUUUUGCUUAAUUCACACUCGGCUGUUGACAAGGUAAAAGAUAAGAGCAUAGCAGGAAAUAAAGGUGUCCAUUAUGUAGCUAUGGAGGAGUCAGUGGAGCCAAUACUUGCACAAAAUAUUCGCGGGGAUAAUCUAAGGGCAAAUUCAGCACAAAAGGUUCUGAAUGAUAAUUCAGGCUGUGCGAGAAAAAAUGAAUAUAUUAAAGCAGAAAACACUUGUGAUUUUCUCAAAGCUGAGUCUAAUUCUCUAAAAAGUAGCAAAGCUCUAGAGAGUGAACCAGCAGAUCCUCUUAGGAAGAAGAGCAGUCAGAGAGCUACCUUGCAUGAUCAAGACAAUAUGAAGUUGCCUCCUGCCAAGGACCAUACCUCUUCUGGUGGAAAAAAUAAAUCAAAAGGCAAUCAUGGUCAAGGCAGUCUAGCCGCUGAGGUACCAAAAGAAAGCUCGAGGCUUGCUUUUUUGAUGCCGAAAGUUAAGAAGACUGCUCAUGUGAACAAUAAUACAAACAAAAGGGAUUCAGGAGAACAAAAAUUAGAUAUAGUUUUACAAAAGGCUGAAGAUUGGUAUAGAGAAUUUUUUGGAGAUGUUGGAGGAGGGGAACAGGAAGAGUACCAAACAAGGACAUUAGAAAUUCAUUCUAAAGGUCGGAUGAAGGAAGAUGAUAAGAUUGGAAAAAAUACAUUAGCCAUUAACAUUGCACUUAAUGACAGAAGAAUUGGUAAGAAAAGUGAGGAUUUACUGGUAAGCAAAUCAUACCCUGGAGCAACUGUGAAUGGUGCUUCUAACUCUGGUAAUGUGAAUGCUGCAGGAGCUUGCCUUGGAGCUGCUCCUCCUGUAUUGAUAAAAGAAAACUGGGUUUCUUGUGAUCAGUGCAUGAAGUGGCGCCUUCUUCCAAUAAGCAUAAAGCCUACUGAUUUACCCGAGAAGUGGUCAUGUAGCAUGCUUAACUGGCUGCCUGCAAUGAACCACUGCAGCGUUGAUGAGGAGGAAACUACAAAAGCUGUUUUUGCAUUGUAUCAAGUUCCUUCUGUAGCAAGUCAAAAUAAUCUGCAAAAUAAUCCUGGCAGUACUAUGUCCAGAUUACAAUCAGCUGAUACCCUGAAACCUGAACAAAAUCAACAAUUUUUUGGUUCACAUGCCAUGCCUCCUGGAAGAAAGAAACAUGGUUCAAAAGAAAUAUCAAAUGCAAUAGAUAAAGAUGGGCCAGUUCCAAUGAAGAACAUUCAGGCUUCAGUUCUAUCUGGGAGUUCAACUGAUAUAACUAAAUCUCCUGUGGUAAGUGAACUUGGUUUGCUUGAUCCUAGAAAAUGUGAUUUGCCAGCCAAGAAACACAAAAGUAAGAAGAAAGAGAAGCAUAAAGUGUCAGAACACAUAUCUGGUGGAGGUGAUUCCAAAACUUCAAAGAUGAAACGAAAAAGGACCUCUGAUCAAGAAUCUUUAAGGGCGUCCAAGAAAAUUAAGUCUGAAAUUUUGCAUCUUGCUGGUGAAGAUUGUAUGUCCGAGCAUGCUGGUAAGGGGGUUCCUAGCACAAUUAAUGAUCUACCUACCACAUUAAUAGGAAAGGAUCAACCUAAACACUGUGAGCGUUCUUCUGACAAUGAUCAAAAGUUGGAUAAGGAGGACAAACAUCAGGACUCUGGUAAAAGGCCAAAGGAAAAGGUUCAGGUUUCCUUGGCUGAUGGAUCAAUUGAUAUGAUGAAUUUUGAUGGUGGGGAUGUUUCAAGAAAGAGGAAAGUUGAUGAUGAUGGCAGAGUGUUUGUGAAAGAAGAGUUCAGCAAAAAUGACUACAGGCAGGAAAAGAAGGCCAAGGCAUCUGUUUCUGGGGGGAAGGAUUCCUCCUCUGCAAGUAAAAGCAGUAGUAAGAUGGAGAAAGAAAAUAUAAAUUCAAAGAAUCACCAUAACUUGGGUGGUAAAGAUUCACUGAAAAGGGAUUUUGCAUCUUCCCAACCUUCUUUGGCAGCAAUCACAAGCUCAUCUAAUCUUUCUUAUUCACAUAAAUCAAAUACUGGCUUCCAUGAAAGAAAGGACUCACCUGAAAAAUCAGGUUCCUCAUCUUCAAUGAGAUCUGCUAAUCCAGAUAAGCUUCCAUUGUCAAAGAGGACAGGGAAAGAUGAGUCUCGUGAUGCUGGUCUCUUUGUUGCAGGUAGUCCAAGUAGGUACUCAGAUGGUGAAGAUAUGGGUCAGAGUGACAAGUCUGGUAUAAGGAAGGGAAAAACUUCUCUCGCAGCUCAACAUUGGUCCCUUGACUCUUCUAUACUUGAUGUUCAGGAUAAGGAUGAUGAUCAAGCAAGUGGCAGUAGAGCCAAGGCUUCAAUUGAAUCUUCUUCUAAUAUCAGAGAAGGUCAAUUUAUGAAUGGUAAUGUUGACUAUUUAGGUCAAGAGGCUAAAUCUGUCGGUGAAUUAACAACAAUGGAUAAACACCAUGGUGUAGAAAAUCAGAAUGAAAAACAUGGUGAUGGUAAUGUCUCUCAGACUAGAAAGUUGGGCAAGGGUUCCGCACAGUCUAAGGAUAGGAGACAUAAACUUAAAUCUGAUUCUGUUGAUGAACUGGAAGAUAGUGUGCCUUCACGCAGCAUAAAACCUAGGGAUAAAAGAAAAAACUUCAAGGAGAGGCUUGGUGUUAAGUCUAUUGAAAGUGAGAAUAGAUUUGUUGAUGAUAAUAAAGCAUCUGCGGGAAAACUGUCCGGUGAGAGUAGUAAAAGAGAAAGCCAAUCAAAUGUUGCUUGUUCAGAUGCUAAACAAGAUGCCAUUGGAGGUCAAGAUGUAAUAUCUUCUGUGAAGCAGAAUAUUGUGCAGGAUGGCAAUGCUAGCAAGUAUAUGAAGAGAUCAAACUCUGACAAAUCUGAUCAUGCUGAAAUUGCUUCUGGGAGAGGGAACUCACUAUCAUUGCCACCCUCUGGAGGAACUCCAAAGGAGAUGCUGACUCAUUGCCUCCGGCCAACUGGGUCCCAAAAGGGAACUGGAGCUAAUGGAUAUCAAGAUGAUGAUGCAUUGAAGAAGGUACAAAUAAAAAUAAAGAAGGCUGGUCAUCAAAAUGGGACUCAACAUGGUAGUUCUAGACAUAGUACAUCAGGUGGACAUAGGAUCAGGGACAUUGAUGCCCCUAGUCCAAUGAGAAAGGAUUCCUGUAGUCAGGCAGCUACCAAAGCUUUAAAGGAGGCUAAAGAUUUGAAGCAUAUGGCUGAUCGUGUCAAGAACUCUGGAUCAAAUGAGGAGAGUACUGCACUUUAUUUCCAAUCAGCAUUGAAGUUUCUACAUAGUGCUUCUCUACUAGAAUCUUGCAAUAGUGAGGGUACUAAACAGGGAGAGAUGAUUCAGUCUUUGCAAAUAUAUAGUAGCACUACAAAACUCUGCGAGUUUUGUGCUCAUGAAUAUGAGAGAUUAAACGACAUGGCUGCUGCUUCUUUGGCCUACAAGUGUGCAGAGGUGGCAUAUAUGAGAGUCAUCUAUACCUCUCAUGCCAAUACAAGUAGAGAUCGACGUGAGUUGCAGACAGCUUUACAAAUGGUUCCUCCUGGCGAGUCUCCUUUUUCUUCUGCCUUUGAUGUUGAUAAUUUAAACCACCCAAUGACAGCAGACAAGGUUGUUUUUCCAAAAGGUGUUAGCUCUCCCCAGGUUGCUGGAAAUCAUGUUGUUUCUGCUAGAAACCGCCCUAACUUUGUGCGGUUCCUCAAUUUUGCACAGGAUGUAAAUCAUGCCAUGGAAGCUUCAAGGAAAUCACGAAUUGCUUUUGCACAUGCUAAAUCAAGUUUGUCUGGGGAUGAUAAUGGGGAAGUUAUAUAUUCUUUGAAAAAGGCUCUUGAUUUUAACUUCCUAGACAUAGAGGGACUGCUACGUUUAAUACGCGUUGCGAUGGAAGCCAUCAGCCAUUAAGAAAAG